CCCCCUAUUUUAUUACCCGAUCGAGAGCUAUUUUGUACAUAGUUAUGUAAUGCUGCACAGCAAAUUAGCUAGCGCAUACGCGAUACGUACGUACCCAAAUCAGGGCACACACGUGCGCUCGAUGCCCAUAGCAAUGCCACCGCAAUUCAUUGGAUGAAAGUUCACGCUUCCACCAUGACGUUAUCAUUGUGUGCUUAUUGUAAUGCUAAUCAGGAUCCAGGGUCUUUAGGCGAUUUAGAGUCAUUCCUGCCAUCACAAUUUAAACAUGAGGUUUGUAGCUACGAGACACUUGGUGGGGAGAGCAACUUCGAAUGUAUGCUGAGAAUGAAAGUAAAUAAUCAGGAUGAGGUUCAAACCUGGUUGGAAGCUUUCAAAAGCAGAACUGAUUCAGUGACUUGGAGGCUGGCAAGAACAUAUCCAGACGCUGGUCGUUUCAACAGUUACAGGGUUGACUUGCGAUGCCAGCACAAUACCAGACACACAUCCAAACCUGGAAAGAGAACCAAAGAUACCAAGUGCCCUGCCACAAUGUCCCUUGUUCUGAAACGGUCCAUUAAAUAUUCCAGGUCCAAAAAUCCUCACAUCACGGCAGGACUUCUGUUCACUGUUACCUUGAGGUUUGAACACAACCAUCCCCUCUCUUGCGCCAAUGCUGUUAGGAGGAAAGACGUUUCUGAAGCCACCGUUGCCAAGCUGAAAACCUUGUUCGAAAAUGGACACUCUCCCUCUUCGGCGCUUGAUACGAUGAAGCAUGACCUCCAGGAGGUGCACGGAGACCAGUACGUCUUUGUUUCUACAGACCGCUCUAUCUGCCCAGACCUUCAUUUUUGCUACAGGCAAGUCAUCAAAGCUAGUACAUAGAUCAAUCUUAAGAAAUCUUACAAGAUUUAAAACCUCAAAAUUAGGAGUAGGGCCUAUACAUGCAAUAUUUUUAUACCUCCGCCACCGAAGGUGGUGCCGAAGGCAUCAUGAUGUAAUAGUAUUAGGGUUGUCCGUCCGUCCUGCUUCCCUGUUACCGCGAUAUCUCAAGAACCACUUGAGAUAUAAACUGCAAACUUGAUGAGAUCACUACAGCAAGACAAUCUGAUUAGAUCUUCAGAGUAAUUAGGUCAAAGGUCACAUGGGCCAAUUUCUGAAAUUAUUGGUUUCUAUCUUUUCUCGUUGUUUUUACCCUUCUACCAUCUCCUCUUUCUAUCUUUCCUCGUUGUUUUUACCCUUCUACCAUCUCCUCUCAUUGCUUUUACCCUUCUACCAUCUCCUCUUUAUAUCUUUCCUCUUUGUUUUUACCCUUCUUUCAUCUCCUCUU